ACGUCGUUCUUCUACGCACGUUCAAGUGAACGUCCCUACUGCGUCAUUUGCGUGCCGCCUCGCUCCCGAUGCACUUCUUUUCCCGAGACACUAAAGAUAGAUGUUCCGAUUUCAGUCCCUGGAUGAAGACUGUACAUUGGAGGAGGAAGACGAGGGACAGAUAGAAGAAGAAGAAGAUGAAAUUGAUCAGUUCAAUGACGACACCUUCGGAGCUGGGGCCAUCGAUGAUGACUGGCAGGAGGAACACAAACGCCUUGCUGAGCUUGAUGUGAGGGACGGGCUAGGAGCAGGGCUGGGGAUGGGAGGAGGCGGUGGGAUGGGUGGAGAAUCAGAUGUAGGAGGAGCUGAGGACUCAUCCUCCGCCCACCCCCCUUCUUCUGCAGGCCAUCUCCCCCUUCUAUCUUCCCUCCAUUCACUCAAAUUCUCCUCGUCUUCCUCUGGAUUACCUCCUCCAGAUGUGGAGGACCGCGGAGGGGAUCCUGGCUUGGCUGAGUCCUUGGCCAGACUCAUCCUGGAGGCGGACCCUGCCAUCGCUGGGGUCGGCGCAGCUGAGAGACCUGGUCCAAGCCCCAGCUCUUCAGGAUCCAGCCUGUCUGCUCUGCAGUGCCUGGACCAACCCAGAGUCCUGCCCCAGCCCUCCAUUCCACACCCCACACAACCACACCAGCAUCCCCAUCACCCCCAGCACCAGUUGCCUCCUGGGCCUUCCGCCUCAGCAGGCCUUCCUCCUGGCCCUCCUCCCACAUCCAUGCUCAGCUACCAACAGCAGCAGCACCUGCUGCGCAGAGGGACUGCUCCUAUGGCCCAGAUGAACUCUCACAAUAUCUGGGAGAAUAGUAUGGGCUUUGGGCCGGUCAGCAUUACCCCUGGACUGGCUGCACACAUUGAGGAUAGUCCACUCAUGUCUAUAAUAAAGGAGGUUGGCCUUCCUAAACGACCUCCUCAGGGUAGGAAUGAUGAAGGACGGGACUUGUCAGAGAGGGUCCCACCUCCACGUUCUUCUUCUCCUGUGAUUGGCUCCCCUCCGGUGAGGGCCAUACCUAUUGGGACCCCGCCCAAACAGCCAUUGAGCCAUGCCCUGAAUCACCAGAUCCACCAUCCCACAGCAGUUCAUGUGAGAGCCCCGCUCCAGCACAGAUACCCUCCUCCUUUCCCUGAGCGUGUGUCACCCAACACCCUCCUCAAUAUAGCUAACUCUCCACUGUGUCGCGGCCCGUUCCCUCCUGGAGUUGGUCCUGUCCUGUCUCAGAUUCAACGGGCCCAACUGCUCAACUCUAAGGUGGCUGGUUUUCCUCAUGGUGGUCCAGCGCCUCCUUUGUUACCAGGUAGUGGUGGUUUCAGGCCAUUCUUUGGCGGCCCACCUCCUCCACUUGGCCACAGAAUGGGCCCGCCACCCCCCCACGGCCCCCCCAACCACACACCACCCAUCCGGCAUAAUACCACCCACCUCCACCCCCAGCACCGUCGCAUGCUCACCCAGCGCAUGCAGAACCAGGGAGGGGACCGUUGUAGGACUGGAGGGGACCGGCGCAACAGGGACCCCUACAGUAACCUAAUGACUCAGAAAGAGAAGGAAUGGGUCACCAAGAUCCAGAUGAUGCAGCUGCAAAGUACUGACCCUUACCUGGAUGACUACUACUAUCAGAACUACUAUGAAAAGAUGGAGAAACGUCAGGAAAGAGAAAGGGACAGCAGCAAGAAGGAACACACCACAAAACUGAUCACUCCACAGGUGGCCAAGGUUGAACACACCUACAGACCAGUUCAGUUUGCAGGCUCUCUUGGUAAGCUGACGGUCUCCAGCGUCAACAACCCCCGCAAGAUGAUUGAUGCUGUGGUGACGACCCGCACAGAUGACGAGGAGAAAAGAGAGAAGCAGGUUUGGAAUAAAAGACGACAAAUCCUCUACACUGUGGAGAAGAUGUACAGUUUGCUGCUGGAGGUCCAAGACUUUGAGAAACGCUUCCUCCAGGCGCCAGAUGAGGACAGAGAGGCUCUUCUAGAGCAGCAUAAAGCCAACACCAUACAGCUUUGCAACUCUCUGCGGGAGAAAGAGUGGGACAACAGAGUGAAUGAUGAGCAAUGUGUGAUGAUCAUGUCAGUGAGGAAGGGCAAGCGGCUCAUCUCCAGGCUCCUCCCCUUCCUGCCCCCACCCCAGUCCGCGGCCGUUGUCAUGGCGAUAUCCCGUAACGUCCCUGCCCUUGCCAAGAAGGACAAGCAGGACCAGGUGCUGUGCUGGUUAGUGGAGCCGGUUUCUGCAGUGAUUCAGUCCUUGUCUAGCUCCACUCUUACAGAUUUGCUCCAGGAGCUUCAGGGCAGUGAGGGCCAACUGGCCACAGUACUGCACAACAAGUUUGGUGUGACACUGCUGUAUCUGAUCCUGAGCGAAGGAGAGAGGAUGCAGAGCUCUGACCCCAACUGUGAACUCAUGGAUGACAAUCGAUGGACUGAGUUGGUGUUUUCAGUGACGAGGGAGCUGCUCAGCAUCCCCAGCACAUCCCUCUCUCCUCCCCUCUUCACCCCUCCUAACCUGCUCUCCCUCUUCUCACGCUACGUCGAUCGACAGAGGCUGGAGCUGUUACAGGACAAGCUACAGAUUUCUUCUUUGUCCAGGUAGAAGUUACAACAGGCAUCAAUCCCAGCCCUCCCUGCCGGAUGCAGCCCUUUCUUUCGUGCGUGUACCAGAAGAGUCUUGUAUGUGUGUUUUUGUGUGAGCGCAUGUGCUCUUGAGGCGACUCCACGAUGGAUUGAAUUUUAAUACGGCAGAAUCUCGUCACUUUUGUUUUUUUGUGUUUAGUCUCUUGUGUGUUUGUCUGUUGAGUGAAUGACUGUGACAGUGCAUGGGAGACGGACAGGAUGACGAUGAUGUUAAAAUCUGCAUUUUUAAAAAUCUUGUUUACGAUUAUGCCUGUGAUGAAACUUCAAAUUAAAAAGUAUUUCUAUUUCUA